UCCGGAGCGGGGUCGGCUCCGCGACUUAUAACUGCAGGGUGCCACGCAGGAAGGUUAACCUCGUCCAGUGUGUGGAGUGGCGUUGGUCCAGCCGUCCUCCUUUCAACCGUCUUCAAGCCAUCAGUCUUUCUUUUAGUCAAGAUGAGUGAUAAGUCAGACUUGUCUGAAGUGAAGAAGUUUGACAGGUCAAAACUGAAGAAAACCAAUACUGAAGAAAAAAAUACUCUCCCUUCACAGGAGACUAUCCAACAAGAGAAAGAGUGUGUUCAACGUCAUAAAAUGGGGAUCUCCUUCCUACACCAAAUUUCAACAUUGCUUAAAUAUCUCAGUUUGGGGCUUGUUUUAUAAAAGCCUACAUGUUUGUAGAGAUUUU